AUGUUUGUUGCUGCGGCUGUUGUCCGGCCAACCCGGCCCAGUUCCCCCCCAAAUAAUAAACCCCGACACACACACGGACUAUGUACGCUGGGCAUAGCCAGGCACAUACAUACAAUACAAUACAAUACAUACAUACAUAGCACCACCUCCUCCACCGCCGCCGCCGCUUCUAAUCUACCCUCUGAUCGAUCAUCCCCAAUCUCAUUUCCCUCGCCCUCUUCCACCCCCCUUCACAAUCGCCCUGCGAGGCGCUACUUCACUGUACAGGCACGCACCAUGGACACCAGCUACCUCGCCCAGCAAGUCACCACCAUCAUCGGCCAGCUGCACGGCCUGUUCGACGACAUCGGCGUCCCCAGCCACGAGCGCGACUCGCGUGAGGCAGAGGUCUUCUCUGCCCUAUCCGAGACAUUACACAACCACCUCAAGCAGGUCACCAAUGAGAAGCAUGAGAUGACCGAGGAGGCCCAUCGCCUGAUGAAGACGAUCAAGCAGAUGGAGUCCUCGCUCGAUGACAACAAGCGUAGCAGCCCCAACUACGAAGAUCACGACGGCUUCGAGGUCACAUACCCUCUGACCUGCUGCAUCAAGGAGCUGAAGGAGAAGCACACCCACAUCAGCAAGCUGCACCGCGAGCGCUUUGAACAAGUCCGAAAACUCGUCGAGGCCCUAGACUCGUACGCCUCACAUUUCGAAUCUUCCUUCGUCCAGAUUAAACUCCCUCCCACUGCACCUGGUGCCGUCGUUUCCCCUUCCUUCGACAUCUCCCCCUCCUACGUCGACUCCCUAGACCGAGAGUUCAGCCGUGUCUACGAGGAGUACAACCGCCGUAUAAACACCGUCCAGAUCACAAGUCAGGAAAUCAUCCAGCUAUGGGCUGAACUCGGUACCCCACAAGCUCAAACGGAUACCGCAAUCGUGCAAAACUAUCGCGAUACUCCCGAACAGCUCGGUCUUCACAAAGACGACCUCGCUCAACUGAAGGCUAAGAAGGAGCGUCUAAUGGAAGAGAAGCGGGGCCGAGAACGCAAACUGGGCCAGCUUCGCUCCACUAUUGAAGAUCUCUGGGAGCGCCUUGGGAUUGAGCAGCAUGAACGUAAGCAGUUCUUGUCGAACAACCGGGGUUGUGGUCUGCGCACCAUCAACGAGUUUGAAGGUGAACUGGCUAGAUUGAAUGAGCUCAAGCGUCAAAAUCUUCACCUUUUCGUGGAAGAAGCGCGGGUCAAACUACAGGAACUGUGGGAUGCUUUGUACUUCUCCGAGGAAGAGAUGCUCGACUUCACCCCUGCCUUCUCAGACGUCUGCAGUGACGCGCUCCUUUCCGCGCAUGAAGCUGAGAUCAACCGCCUGGAGGCACUCAAAGAACAGCGUCUACCCAUCCUUCAGAAGAUUGACCGUCACCGUGAGCUCGUCAAAGAGCGCGAUGAUCUCCAACAGUCGAGCCAGGAUGCCUCGCGUCUUAUGGGCCGUGGUCAGAAGGGAGAGAGGCGUGAUCCGGGAAAGCUGCUUCGCGAAGAGAAAAUGCGGAAACGCAUCGCCAAGGAGUUGCCCAAGGUCGAAGCCGAGCUUCGCAAAACGCUUGAGAGGUGGGAAGACGAAUACGGUCGUCCUUUCCUGGUGCUCGGCGAUCGCUAUCUGGACGAGCUGUAUGCGUGCGAGUCUAGGGCUCCACCACCUCGAUCCAAGACUCCCAAUCCUGGAUCUAUGCCCCCUUCAAGAACACAUUCAAAAUCGAUCUCUUCCACCAGCCGGCCCGCCUCCGUUCGUGGGCCACCACCACCCAGCCGUGCGAAGACGCCUGUCAGCAGCACUUUCGGUGCCAGCGUGUCGCGGAACCCGCUCGCCAGCUCUAUGUCGGCUGCGUCGCAAAAGAGUCCAUCCAAGAUUCCGUCGCGAGCACCAUUGAAAACCAUGCCCCACGGAGGAAACUCGCCUGAGCGACGGCCUGCUAUGCACAAGCGUGGAGAGUCCUCCACCAUUCGGAGUAUGCCUCCGCCAAUGGCUCCUCCUCCACGCAUGAAGGAUCUGUUCGUUCCACCCGAGCCAGCCCCAACCCCAACAAAUCGAUUCGAGUUCAACCGCGGCGAGCGUAGCGAUAGUAUUGUUCGGUCAGUUCCACCAGAGGAUCCCUACGACGAUCGAUCCUUCUUGUCACAAACCAUACGAGCGGACUACACGAACCCAUACGCUCCCCCACCUGCAGCCAGCAGACAGAUCUCGAAUGCUUCCUCGAACGAGACGGCUAUGACAAUGCAAUCAGGGUCCGAGAACUGGGAGACAUUCAGCGAGCGCUCAGAUGAGCCCCCGGAGCGUGACGUAGAUUUACACUACUAUCGCCAACAGGCUGCGCGGAGCAAACGCUACACACCUGAAGGUGGCCAUGCUGCCUCCCCUCGCGCAGUGCACGGAAAGAAGAUACGGAGUGUGCGUCCGGUCGAGAGUGACUACAUGGUGCAAGAAGGAGAUCACAUGGUGCGCGUCAUUGAGGGCAGUGAAGCAGGCUGGACUGACGAUGGCGACUACUGAGUAUUCGUACUCGCAACAUUCCUUCCCCUCUUUCUCCUACGACCAUUCAUGUCUGAUGUACCUCGUCACGAGCGAUGUUCCAAAACGACGACGGAACGUGUAAUCAUUCCAUGUGUUGUCCUGCAUUGAUGACCAACCGUCUCUCUCAGCUGCAUCUUGCAUACACACGCUUCUGCUGGCCCAUUUUAUUUGUCUCGGCUUUUCUUUUCUCGUCCAUUCUGGCUGGCUGUUUAUUAUACCUCUUGUUUGUAAUUCAUCGCAUUGAGCAAGGCCGCAACCCGUGUCUUGACAGCUUAAAAGUUUAUCCGUUUCACAUACCUUCCAUUCCACAACCGGAUCCGUGGACCCAUGGGAUUUCCGUUCCAUAACGUCGCUUAUGAGCGCGUGAGGGUAUCUUGUGUUCGGAACUAUACUGGUCUGUAAUUGUCUAUUCAACCUCCUCUUCUCGUUGUCUGUUUGUUCAUCUGCCCGUCUGUUUCACGCCUCAGUACAACGCGCGUAUACCAAAGCGUCUAUCCAUUUUCUAUCCGGGAAACAAGGGAACGGCGAAUUUUGGCGUUCUCUCUUUUCUUUUCUUUUUUCUACUCUUCAUCUUUUUUUCUUGCUUUCCCUAUCCGGGAAAUCCGUCAAGACUCUCUCAAGAGAUGGAACUUGAUCGUUUUUCCAUUUCUAUAUCCUUCCCAACUUUCCUUGCUUCUUGUCUGUCUUUCUAGCUUCUCUGUCUGUCCUCUUUGCUUCAUGGAGAUGAGUUAUGGUGGGACUUGGGAUGGCUCAUGGCGGCGGUAUUGAAAUGAGAAUGAGAUGUGUAUUGGGUACUUCUAUGUACUAUAUUACAUCUUUCUCCCUUAACCUUUUUGUCUCUCUUCUUCUGUGACGCGAGAGCGAGUAGCUAGCGCUGAAUCCCAAUCCCAAUGUUUCUACACCAAAAAAAAAAUGCUUUUCCUGAUCUUGUGACAAUCCUUGUAAUACUAAACCUACAACCCAAAAUAUCUUCCCCCAUUCCUUCAUCUCUACGACAACAACAACCGAGCU